AUGAAUGAACACAAUAGCAAUAGUGGUGACAGAGCUCGUAUGAUGGCGACUAAUAGUAACUGCUCGUUGGAGAAAAAUAGAGAAGAAAAGGUUGUCAGAGGCAUUUUCGUAGUACAGGAAGAGCAGAGCAGCAACGACAAUAAUCACAUAAUCGGCAGUAGAGGAGUCCGGAGAAAGUCAGCGAGAAGAAAAGACGACUCGAGCUAUGAUCAAAUCAAUCCCAAUAAAUCAGAAGUCAAUACGAUUUUAAGGGUCACGUAUUCAUCAUCAGAUAUUAUUGGACACAUUUUUGAGUAUGGGCAUAUGGAUACCUCAGAACAAGAUAAAUCAAAACACAAGAUGCUCUUGCAUCUUCAAGAUAUAGAGGAUACUAAGCUUAAGAUAACUUUGUGGGGUCAUAAUGCAUACUACAUGCAUGAUUUUCUUGCUAACAAUAACAGCCUUGCUCCAGUUGUUGUUAUUGUUCAAUUUGCUAGGGUGAAGUUUAUUAAUGGUCGUCCUUUUUCAUCCACCUACUUUGAUGUUAGUAGGGUUUUCAUAAACAAUGAUAUCGAUGAAAUUACAAUCUACAAAAACAAAUUGGUCUCUGAAAAUGGACAACAACUGUCAUCAAGUGGAAUUAAAAUGAUUGCAUCAAAACAAGACACAGAACAUGAUGACUUUCUGAAAAAUCAUUUGUUUUCUAACAUUGAAGACUUGUUUGAACCUUUGGAGGAAAAGACAGUCAUUAUUGUUGGUACUGUUAAGGGAAUACGUCAAAAUAUACGUUGGUAUUACCUUGCUUGUAGCAACUGCAAAAAGUCAGCAAAAGAAAAAGAGUCUUCAACUGAUAAGGUUGAUGGUUCUCAUGAAGUGGCCGAAAUCGUUACUUAUGAAUGUACUAAUCUUAAAUGCAAAAAUAUCAAAAUUUCGGUUAUUCCAAGAUUUAAAAUCCCACUUCGGGUUCAAGACAACACAGGAACAUUGACUUUAACUUUAUUUGACCAAGAAGCAAAGAAGUUGUUCAAAUACACAGCUAAAGAGUUGUAUGAUAAAAACAAGAAGCUUGGCAACAAUUUGGAAUUGUAUCCAAUGGAGUUGAAAGUUGUGUUGGACAGAAAGUUGGCAAUUAAGAUUGAUAUCACACGUUACAAUGUCGAUAAUAAAAGUAAUCUUUAUGGGAUAUCAAGAUUAACCGAGAAUGCAGACAUAAUUGAUGAAUUGGAAAAAAAUAAUCUUACUCCACAGGGAUCAUGGUGGUGGGAAGUGAUGAGCAGCAACAGAAACGAGCUUACGCUGGCCAUUUCAGCAAUAAUCUUGACUGCUUUCUGGUACAGAUGGAAAUUUUCAAGCUCCUCCAAUGGUGGACAACCACCGUUGCCACCAGGUCCCCGUUCCUUGCCAAUUGUAGGCUACCUUCCAUUUCUUAGCCGUGAUCUGCACAAACAGUUCGUCACCAUGGCUAACACUUAUGGUCCCAUUUUCAAGUUCCACCUCGGAAGCAAACUUCAUGUCGUGAUAAACACCCCUGAGUUAGCAAAGGUGGUAGUUCGUGAGAAGGAUGAGAUCUUUGCCAACCGAAAUCCAACAAUUGCUGCCUUAGGCAGCUCCUAUGGAGGCCGAGAUAUUGUGUGGUCAGACAGCAAUUCAGAUUGGCGUAACCUUCGUAAGAUAUUUGUCCAGGAGGUCCUAAGCAACAAGAAUCUUGAAGCAUCCAGUUGUUUCCGAAGAGAUGAAGUUAGGAAAACUAUCAAGAAUGUUUUUAGUAAAAUCGGAACCUCAAUUAACAUUAGCGAGAUUGCUUUCUCCACAGAGGCCAAUGUUCUAACGAGCAUGGUUUGGGGAAACACUUCAGCUGAAAAGGCAAAAAGUAGCAAUUUUGGAACACAGUUGCAGAUGGUUUCGGCGAAUAUUGUUGUGCUCAUGGGACAGCUGAAUGUCUCUGAUGUCUUCCCUAGUCUUGCAUGGCUUGAUCUACAAGGCGUGGAGCGGAACAUGAAGAGGCAGCUUAAUCGUUUGGAUGAAAUUUUCACAAGCAUUAUUGACGAUCGAAUUGAAUCUAACUCUAAAAAAUCGAAGCACGCGGUUGGGAAUGAAGGAAAGAAAGAUGUUCUACUGGUUUUAUUGGAACUCAUGGAUCAAAAAAAUGUAAUAUCAAUUAACCGGACUCAAGUAAAAGCACUUCUCCAGGACAUUAUGGUAGCAGGAACAGAAACAUCGACAACACUGAUAGAGUGGGCAAUGGCAGAGAUAAUGCAAAAUAGUGACAUAUUGAAAAGGGUCCAAGAAGAAUUAGAAGAAAUUGUAGGACUUGACAACAUUGUCGAAGAAUCUCAUCUCCCAAAACUACAAUACCUAGAAGCAACAAUUAAGGAAACAUUUCGGUUGCACCCGGUAGUUCCAUUCAUACUCCCAAGGUCGCCAAGCAAGGAUUGUAUUGUAGGAGGAUACAUCAUUCCAAAGGGCUGUACAGUGUUUUUGAAUGCAUGGGCAAUCCAUCGGGAUCCUCAUUAUUGGGAGAAUCCACUGGAAUUCAAUCCAGAUAGGUUCUUGAGAAACAAAUACGAUUACAUAGGGAGCAAUUUAAACUUCUUCCCAUUUGGAUCGGGAAGAAGAUCGUGUCCAGGUGUUCCAUUGGCUGAGAAAAUGCAGAUGUAUAUCUUGGCAUCGCUCUUGCAUUCAUUCGACUGGAGCUUGCAAGAGGGUGAAGUGUAUGAUCUCUCUGAAAAAUUUGGAAUUACACUAAGGAAAAGAGAACCACUCAUCGUUGUCCCUUCACAAAGGUUGCCAAACCAGAGCCUCUAUAUGUGA